AUGGCGGCACGAGUGAACGCAGGCGCUGUGUCCAUGAAGAAAGAUUUCGACGAUGAAAAGCCAACAGCUGUUGUUGACGAGAGCGUUCAGGGAACUCUCGAACACCCCGCCGUCAAUGAGAAGAAACUGCUUCGUCGCAUUGAUCUCCAUAUCGUUACCUGGCUCUCCGUUCUGUACGCUUUGUCCUUGCUCGACAGGACCAAUAUUGGUUCCGCCAAAGUCGCCGGCAUGCAGACAGACCUCGAGCUGACCGGAAAUCGAUACUCGGUGGUGUCCUUGCUCAUAUUCCCGACUUACAUUUUGCUCGAGGUGCCCUCCAACAUGUUCAUUAGGAGGGUGAGCGUGAAGAAAUAUACCGCGUUCCUGAUCCUGUGCUGGGGUACCACCGCGAUGUGUUCGGGCUUUGUCAAUAACUGGAGACAACUAAUUGCCGUCAGAGUGCUGCUUGGCGCUUUCGAGGGUGCUUUUCAGCCAACCUGCUCGUACAUCAUUUCCUCUUGGUACAAGCGGUACGAAACACACCAGCGAAUAGCCAUUUGGUACAUGAGUGGCGCAUUCCUCAAUGGGUUCCAAGGGAUCCUUUCGUACGCUCUUAGUCUUAUGGAAGGCGUCGGCGGCCUUCGCGGAUGGCGUUGGAUUUUUAUCGUCCCAGGUUUCAUCACUGCUGCGAUGGCCGUGCCCAUCUAUUUUUUCAUCAGUGAAUUUCCGGAGAGAGCGAAAUGGUUGGCACCACAUGAGCUGCGCCAAAUCCAAGAACGUCUCCACGCCGACCGUGGUGAGGUCGAAGAGAAGAUGGACAUGCAUCGACUCCGCGCUGCCCUGGCCGACUGGAAAUGCUGGGCUCUGGCGUUCUUGCUGUUUUGGUCGACUGCCGGCUCGUACUCUCUAUCCUUUUUCCUGCCAUCUAUCCUCAAAGGGUUCGGAUUCAGCACAGCUCUCAGCCAGAUUUUGGUGACGCCUCCAAUGAUCCUCUCGGUAUUUUGCUCCUUGGCGACUGCGCUCUGGGCAGAUCACGUCCACCUCCGAUCACCAUUCAUUUUAGGCCAUAUGCUUUUGGUCAUUAUCGGCAUCGUACUCAUUGGCUGGGCCCAAAACCUAGGCCCCAGACUUGUGGGAGUCUUCCUGAUGACAAUUGGGAACAACUGUACCAUCCCUUCUGUUAUCGCCUUCUUGGUGAAUAACCUCCCAUCCUCCAGCAAGCGCCAGAUUGCUCUACCGCUGCAGGGCGGGUUCGCUGGGGUGGGAGGUAUUGCGGGUGCACUCAUUUUCCGAACUCAGGAUGCCCCAAAAUAUCUCUUUGGGCUGUAUAUGUCCAUUGGGUUUGCCUGCUGCUGUAUCUUGAUGAUCUCCUCAUUAGUCGCCUACUUUCACCGUGAGAAUUUGAAGGCCGACAGAGGAGAGAAAUUUCUCGAGGGCAUCGAAGGCUUCCGCUACACACUAUAG